CAUCGUCAUGGCGGCACCACUACCUACGUCCUUUCGGGGCUAUGUGCUUGGCACAGCCAACCCCAACCAAGACGCACCUCAAGCCGAAGAUACCAUGUAUCGACCACCAGUCCCCGGAGCCCCAGCUCCCGUGACUGCUGCCCAAUGCUUUGCCAUGGCCGAAUCCCGAAUCGUCCCAACAUUCUUCCUCGGAAACUGUGGUAACACCAAUAAGCCCUUGCCAUUACUGGCCUUCUAUUCCACGAACACCGCAGGCCGAGCUGACAACAACAACCACCAGUAUGCCUUUGUGGGAGACCUUGACAUGCACGAAACUAUGCCACCUAUCGUUGUCAUAACUCAAGAUGGCUUCGAUGUCACAAAUGUCGCUGCAACUGUUCCUAACUUAGCAACACUACAGAACGUCUGGGCCGCCCUCCCCGCUGACGAAGACAGGGUCCAACCUCCUGCCGACAAUACUGACCAAGUCUUCACCCGGCAUAUGCACCCCAUCCCAUAUCCCUAUGUCAAUCAGAUUCUCCAAGCUCACAUGGAUCACAGGUUGUCGUGGCGGUACCUUGUUACCCAGAUUUUGCAACCCAUCAGCCUCAUUGCGGCUGAACAAGAUGCAUACUCCGGGUUCGUCAAUUGGGUACGCGUAUCCAGCACCUCACGCCCCGAUGGUGCCGCUUUUGGCCCUGCCGAAACAGCCAUGGAGUUUGCCGCUGUCUAUGGUCUUCCCCGAGCCCUUCAAGCCCGCCGUCCCAUGCUUCUACGAUACCUUCCAGGUAUGGGACGCCCUACUGAUCUCACCCAGGACCUUCGAACCCUGGUUCAAGAGCAUCGGGCACUCCAACAAUCCAUUGGCCGCAUGCAAGAACGCCCACAACGCCCUCUUUUAACAACCCAUCCUCUGUUGACUGAAAUAAUUCUUAAAAUUUCCGAGAGCACCACCGAAGCACAGCUUCCCACCAUCUGGCAUCAGUGGGGCCUCCACACAAAAGGACAGCAUUUAACGGCCAUCGAAAACGCCUGCCAAUCCAUUGCAGCCACCCGUCACUGGUCCAUCCCUAUUAUCACCCCAGCCCUGGCCACUGACAUUGCCACAGGACAUCUCCUGGCAGAACACAACUCCGCCUUCAAACAGGGACUGUCUCCUAUGCCGGGGGGGAGUACUGUGUUUUCCUUUAUAAUUCAAUAA